UAAAUAAACAUAACCUAACAUUUUGUUAUCAACAACAAAUCCAAAAAAAUGAUCGCGUAGGCAAAUUUAAUCGAAUUUUUCUAAUAGUUGUAAUAAAUCAAAUACUAUGGACCUCAAAUACUGGCUAUUUGUAGGCUCCUCCCUAGCAUUUUCAGUAGUUUUAUCUCUAUGCAUAAUCAUUAUAGCAGUUUCAAAAGCACAUCCCAUAGUGCUUCGGUCAAAGAAAGAAAAAUACUUCUUUGACCCUAUUAGCGGGACACGAACUGAAUUUCCCAGCUUAGAAGAAAAUGCUUGUGUAAAUUUAAGUGUCAUUGUGCCAGCUUAUAAUGAAGAAAUCAGAUUACCACCAAUGCUCGAUGAAUGCCUCGAGUACCUUGAAUCAAGAACAAAAAAUAAUCCAAACUUUACGUACGAAGUCAUAGUUGUCAGUGAUGGCAGUACUGAUAAUACUGUAAAAAAAGCUCUGGAUUACACGAAAAAAUAUGGUCCCGAAAAGGUUAGGGUGUUGGAAUUGGAGACAAAUCGCGGAAAAGGCGGAGCCGUUCGACUGGGCAUGUUAAGUAGUAGGGGGGCCCUUUUAUUAUUUGCAGACGCAGACGGGGCCACCAAGUUCGCUGAUAUUAGCAAAUGUGAAGAAAGUAUCACGGGGUUGAUAAACUCUGACUACACUGCUGACCCAGCAAAUUCAGCUAAUAAGUUGGCAAUAACAAUAGGGUCCAGAGCACAUUUAGAGGAUGAAGCCAUCGCGUCUCGGACCCUAUUUCGGACGAUUUUGAUGUACGGUUUUCAUUUUCUCGUGUGGCUUUUUGCUGUGAAAGGUAUCAGGGAUACGCAGUGCGGUUUUAAAUUGUUCACCAGGGAGGCGGCAAGGGUUUGUUUCGAUAGUAUGCACGUGGAAAGAUGGGCUUUUGAUGUAGAAAUCCUCUACAUAGCACAAAAACUAAAAAUCCCAAUCGCAGAAGUGUCGGUUAACUGGACAGAAAUAGAUGGUUCGAAAGUAACUCCAGUGUGGAGCUGGAUACAAAUGGGAGCUGACCUGGGUUUAAUCUGGCUCAGAUACACCAUCGGUGCUUGGAAAAUUAAGGAUAGGAGCAAAAAAGAUUAGUUGCAUUUAUUUUUUGUAGCCAAAGUAUUAUUUUUUUCCUAUUUAAUAAGACAAAAUUAUAAAACAUCUUUGAAUAAAAAAAAUUAUUAACAAUAA